UUGGGGGGGGGGGGCUCCAAAUCUCUUAGCCUCAUCUGCCAAGAAGUCACAAUAAAUUGCUAUGAUGCCUGAAAAGGUUAUUUUUUGCAGGUUCCUCCUCACAAUCUGUCCACUGAGUUUUGGGUUUUUUGAGGGGGAUUGAGUUUCAUUCAUGGCCUGUUCUUCUUGCUUCAGAGGCUGCACCAUUGCCCUUAUAGACGUAGUACAUGGUGAAGCUGAAUUCCUCAGCUCUGAGGCGGAGAAGGAGCUGGCUGAGGAGACAGCUAGUUUAAAUUGCCCCAGAUCCUGCAACAAGAGGCUUGCCAUACGUCAGGAAAAUUCCUGCCAUGUCCUGGUUUUUGGGCGUAAAAAUGGUGUCGGGGGGGGGGGGGGGUUGCCAAACCGGCAAAAUGUCAGGGAAAACCCAGACGUUUUGCGGCCUUCCUAAAAAAAAUUUAAAAAAUAAUGCUCAAGAACUUUGCGGGUGUUAGGAAUUUUACUUUUUGAAAUAUGGCCACCCUUUGCAACAAGUAGCAUUUGCUAACAACAAGAAUCUGUGGAAGCCCAGAGAACAGUGAAGGUGUUACAACGAAUGCCCCAUGGUGGAAUUCCCUCCUCCUUGUUCCUUUCUUUCUUAUUUUUUUUACCUCAGCACAGUAACAUAACAAUGUGGAUGUUCUAGAGUUGCCGUAUUUCAAAAAGUAAAAACCAGGGCACCCUAAAUGUUGUUGAGAUUUUUUGUUUAGCAGAAAAAUAGUGGUGCAACAAUGUUACAUUUCGUUUUCAGACAAGCAGUUUACUUUUCAAAUGUUAUCAGAAGAACUAGAAUUCAGGGUCAAAUAAUUUCACAGAAACCGCUUCUUAAAAUGCUAUCUGAAUAUUAAUGCUUAAUUAAUUAAUUAAAUUCAUUUAUAACCAAUGAGCUAGGUCAGGAUUGAGGCAGUAGUCCUAAACACACUUACUAGGGAGUAAGCCCCAUUAAAAGAAAAUGAAGCUUACUUCCAUUAACACACAUAAGAUUGUGCUUCAGAACAGUUGCGCCUAUGUGCCAUUGCAAUCGAUGUGAAAAAUUAGUCACCGCUAACUUGCCCGAUUGAAUUGAACAGGAACUAAAUGCAACACACUUACUCUGAAUCCAACCCAGUAUGGUUUUAAUAUGUCUUGCUUGAUGUUGUUACAGUACAAGGACAUUUUAUUUCGUUGUAGAAUGCAUGCCUCAGCCAGUCAAUGCAAUUAAAUGUUUUUUAAUUUCUCUUUUUUAAAACCAAAACAAAACUGCAGAGAGGAAGGAUCAGAAGUUUGCAGUGACUGAAGAGAAAUAGCACCGUUAUUCUUGAACUCUUGAUUUGUGUGAAAGAACAGCUCUCAUCAAGUUUUGUUACUCAGAACUGAAUAUGGAAAGUUUACAAGCACUGCUAUCCAUAUCAGAAGAGAUGGAAGAACCAUGGCCAAAGAAACUCAAAACAGAUAGUCAAGUGAGCUCAAAUGAGCAGAGGCAGUUGCUAAAAAGUUUAUGCUAUGCAGAUAAGAAAUCACCAGACACACAUCUAGGUUUUCCUGAAGGAUCUUGGGAUUUUAGUCUAAAUGAUUUGGAAUUGCAAGAGAAAAACAGCACAAAAACCAGCUUAAGACAGGAUCUACAUUUUAUGAAUGCCCAUUUGCAUUCCAGAUUGUUAGGAAAUACACCAUUCAUAGAAAAAUGGGCACUUGAAAAUGAUUACUGUAGCAAAUUAAAAGAUUCUGGUUCUGAAUUUAAUGAAAAUAUUAAUUCAUUGGUCACAAAACCAAAACCUUGGACCAUUUUUGCUAAAGAAAAAGAAAAAUCAAUAGACAGUGGCAACAUUUCAAAGGAGAUUGAGUUACCAUCAGUAAAUAUACUUUCUUACAACAUCUUGGCAGAAAAUAUUGUUGCAAGACUAGAAUAUUUACUUACAGAUGUGCCAGCAUUUCAAACUAAUGAAAAUGGCACAGCUUGUCUUCAUGUACAUGGAGAAAAAAACCAUAUUCCCAAACCAGUUGCAGAUGGUGGAAGCAUCAUUGACAAAAUCCCACUGCUACGUUUGUUAGCUGGCAAUUUCAUGAAAGAGAGAAAAUCAAACAUUGGAUCGUUCUUAUAUGAAUAUAAAAAUGUUGUGGGUGAGGAUGAAAAUAUUUUAUUCCGCAAAAAGCAAACAAAUGCCUUGGCAAAGACUAACUUAAGAAGGAACAAAGUAUAUAAGCACAUGUAUAUAUCUUAUUCAAGAAGCCGUACAGUUGUAAAUACCAAAUUAGUAAAAUGUGCUGCUUUUGAGUUAUUUUUACAUGAUUGCAGCACUGCAGUUGAAAAGAAUGCCUCAAUAUUCAGCCAUUUUUUUCUGCUCAAUACCCAACAAAGGGAAAUAUCCAAUGGCACCAGUACCAUGGAACACUUUGAAUUUUCCAGAUAUACCAUAGAAGAUGGUAGCUUUUCAGUAGCUGGUAAUGAAAAAGAACAAAUGGCAAGGCAACUUAUAAUUUCUAACAAACACAUUUUCCCAGAGAAUGAUUUUCACAGCUCUACUUUAUGGGGGGGAAGGUUGUGUAGUCCUACAGUGCACAACCUGUCAGCAAACUUCAGACUAUUUAACUAUUUGACUUCAGCUCCACUCAAAUUUGGGAAGUGCAGUAUUCAACAAUCAAAUCUUCCAAUGGUGAGUACAAUGGAACCAAAUAUACAAAAGAGAACUGGAAAAUUCUUCAAUGAAAACAAUGCUUUUCCUGUUAAAAAAUUUAAAGCUUCUCAUUUUAUUCCAAGAGUACAUAGCAAAGCACAAACAAGCAAAAGCAAAUGUGUCCCAGAAUAUAUAAGAACUUGUAGCAGAGCAAUGAUGAACAAAACAAGGAAUGGUAAUUGUGAAGACUGUGGUUCUACUGAAAUGAAAGUCAAUUUUUUUCCAUUUGACACAUAUAAACAAAUUUGCCUCAGUACUGAUUCAGAGGAAAUUUCAUUUAUAGGAAAUGUGAUCUUUAAUGUUGAAAAUAAUAAAAAAGAUAGCAAAGGAUAUUUUGUUCCUGAUAAAAGAAUAACUUGCAGUGGCUCUGAUACAUUGACUUCUAAUUGUGUUCUCCAUCAGUUAUAUACAAUUUGCAAUCCUUUUUUGGAACAGAAAAGCAAAAGUAAAAAGUCUAAGUAUCCCAAAGAUAUAAACAGCAAUAGUCAAAGGCACACAUGUGAAGACAACAACAUGCACUUCCCUAUUAAUGGCCUUAAUUCUGGAAAUGUACUUAAAUAUAAUGAUGACCAGUAUUUUACUUCAACUGUUUCCUAUGAUGUUUGCAUAGAUCAAAAUAGACCAGUGAGUGUCAAAGCUCAGCGUUACAAGAUUUCCCAGCAUGGAAAAAGAAGAAAACCAAGUGGCUUUGUAUUUGAAACUAAUAAUAGUGUUUUACCAUACUACCCUGUUUGUAGUUCUAGAAUCUCUAAGAACUUGAAACAUCCUAUAGUUAAAAAAGUAGAAAAUCUGAAUUUAUUGCUUCAAAAAAGUAUUUUACUAAACAGCACACAUAAUCCAGAGCUAGUGUCUGUGAAACAAAAUACCAAAGAUGUGGAUAAGAAAGAAAAUUCAACUUUUGAGCAGAGUUAUGUAAGCAAAAGAAAUCAACCUCAGAAUAUAACUACGCUAUGUUUCAAUUAUGGAUGUGGGGAAAGGGUUAGUUCUAAAGACACAUUAACAAUGACUUCAUGCACAAUGAAACAAGCCCAUUUUGAAGAUGCCACAGAAAAGCAUUUAUCUUCUGAAAUUAAAAGCAGACACGAGUUUGAACUGAAAAAUCAAUUUGAUCUGGUACUGGAAGAGCUUUUCAUGUUUAAUGAAAUUAGUAAGGAAAAUGUGGAAAAAGAAAUGUGGAAAUGUGGGGAAAGAAAUUUUUUGGAGAAAGAUCCCCUUGUAUUUAAUCAUUCUGGCAGCAUACUAGAUGAAGACUCCAGAAAUGUUUUUGAAAAUAAAGCGAAUGCGACCUUCACCACUACUGGUAGUACUGUGAACAGUACUAUUGUAAAGCAUACAACUGGGAUGAAGCCAACUAAGGAUGAACAAAGUUUAUUUAAGAACACAGUGAUAAAAAGUCCUGGAGAGCAAGAAGUACCACAUGACCACUGUCCUUUGAGUGUAACAGAUGAAGAAAUGUUCUAUGCACCCUCUCAAGAACAUGGCGAUUCUCCUUGUAAACAACCUUUCACUUGGAGCCCAGCAUUUGUGCCUCAUACAUUUAUGGAAGAAAGAAGCUGUGGUUUAAGAAAUGAAAGAGGAGAUUUUUUAUUGGAUGGAAUUGUAAGAGUACAGCCUCUUAAAACAUGUUGUGGUCCUUUAAGAGUUGGAUUAUCAAAGAAAGCUAAGCCAAAACAACUUCAUCCAUAUUUGAAAUAGUUCAAUAUACCAUGUUUUAAAAAGCACUUUUGAACCAAAACCAUUUACAGUUUUUAGUACAUUAUAUAUAUGUUAUAAAUAUUUUUGGUUUUAAAGGUUUUAAUAAUAAAAGUCCUGUACAAUGAUAUACUAUGAUAUGAGUGCUUCAUAAUGUAGUUUUACAGCAUUUAUUUUUAUAAGGAUUCUGUGAAAUUUCUAAACUUUCAUAUUUAAUAUGAUGCAAAUUCAUUGGAUCAAUGCAUUAUCUUUGGUUAAGCUAUUCUCAUUUCUUAAAGUACACUAACAAAAUGUAGCAGCUUAUAGCAUUUUAUUAAAUAAUCAGCCAUUUUUAAUUAUAUAGAUCAGCUUUAAUGCAUUAUAGAAUACACUGGUCAAUAAUGAUCUAAAGUCAUGUCAUUCACACAAGGACUUCCUGUGGCACAACAUAACUUUUUCUUUUAUCCCCAUAGCCCCCCAUAAUCUGCUUUGGAGGGUUGGGGAAGCCCCAGAACAGGUUUUGGGGAUGCAGGGGAGGAGGAGAGGGGGGAGAAGCUUUGUUGCAUAAGCAGACAUCCUUGUGACAAUGAAGUGACUUCACUGGAUAAGAACCCAUAGCCUUCCUUUUUUAAUAUAUUCAUAUAUUCUUCUUAAGAGAACUUGUGUCUUGAUCAGCACAACACUAGGUUAUAUGCAUGGCUACUGCAUAUUAGAAUCUCUGCACAACUGAAUUGUUGUUUGGAGCUACUACCUGUCACAGAGUUGAGAAUGGAAGGGAAAAAAGAUUGUAUUCACUUUUCCCACUUUUCAUAUUCUGGCAAAUGAUUUAGCAGUGUAUUCAUAUUGAGGGUUUCUCCCCAUUUUAUAAGAAUUCUCGUAAAGGUUGUUGUUUGCUCACCUUUGGGCAUUCCAUGAGCUAUUAUAAUCCAAAUAAAUAGAAUAUCUCAAUUUGGGAUGACAGGGUGCUAUAGAGUUGCUUUACUGCACAUGCCAUUAGUAUAAGGAUCACACAUUUAGUUGCAUAUGUGGCUUAGCUGACAAUUCAUGAAUAUUCAAAGCCAAUGACAAAUAAAGAGAAUUGCUUCCUAUUAACAAUUAACAUUCACAUAAUGGGCAACCCCAUUCCCCUUCCCAGCUGCUGCCAAUCUCAGAAACUUAAUAGAUAGUCUUUUCCCUGCCACAGCAUGCCACCAAAGUUGUUAACAAUUGUAUUAUCUGUGAUCAAAUCCGAAAGGCAAUUGGACCAAAGUUAGUUGUGAAUGAGUAACUUAUUCCGUUGUUUUUAGUGAGGCAGUGCAAUCCCAUAAAUGUAUAUUCAGAAGUAAGUUGCAUUAAACUAAAGGAGACUUACUUCUGAGUAGACAUGAAUAGGAGUGCACUAUUAGGCACAGGUGACUUUAACUAGAUGGGAACCAAUAACUUCAAACCCAGUUCCAAAACAAUCACGUUGUUUGUCUCAUUGAAACAUAGGAGCUAAAUAGUCUUACUUUACCUUGCUUUGUGUUUAAGACCAGUUUACUGAGUGAUUCCUAAACACUGGGUCACAGCUAGAGUGUGUUAUGUAACUUCCAACUGUUAGCACUGGAAUUAUGAUAAACAGUUGAUUAAUGGUGUCUAUGUUCACAUGUUUUUUGGAGUUAUGGGUGAUUCAAUGUAAACAUGUUUGUUAUUAAGCCCUUUUAUAAGCAUUUUAGUAGUUACUGCACUAAGUUGAUAUUGAAAUUUCCUAUUUACAUAAGCAUGUUAUGUUGAAACUGAGCCUGCAAUUGCUCAUAUUACCUAACUCUCUUUUUCAGUCAGAUUGACUUAUCUUUUAAAUAAAACAUUAGCAAAAACCAAAAUAAAACACAAUGGCAAAAAAUGGUAACACCAAAUAAGACAGCUAAUUAAGAUCUGAGAGCGAAAUAAAGGAUUUUAACAAUUUUAA